CGAAAGUUUUGUUUACGUUUGUUUUUAUUUUAGAAUUGGAAAAUAAUUAGAAAAGCGCUUUGUGAAUUUAAAAUAAGAAAUAAAGAUGACGGCUAUGCAAGGAGCUUUGUCUGCUGCUGAACGUUCUAUGCGAUCAGUUUUUGUUGGCAAUAUACCAUAUGAAGCAACAGAAGAACAAUUAAAAGAUAUAUUUGCAGAAGUUGGGCCUGUUGUAAGUUUUAGGUUAGUUUAUGAUCGUGAAACAGGAAAACCAAAAGGGUAUGGUUUUUGUGAAUAUAAAGAUCAAGAAAUGGCUUUAAGUGCUAUGCGUAAUUUGAAUGGAUAUGAAUUGAAUGGUCGUGCUCUAAGGGUUGAUAAUGCUGCAAGUGAGAAAAGUAAAGAAGAAUUAAAAAAUUUACAAGCAUCUCUAGGUGGACCACCAGUUGAGAGUCCAUAUGGCCCAGAAGUAUCACCUGAAAAAGCACCUGAUAUUAUAGCAAAAGUUAUGGCUAGUCUACCACCUGAACAACUAUAUGAAUUAAUGAAACAAAUGAAGAUGUCUCUUGAAAAUAAUCCCAACGAAACCAGAAAUUUGUUGGUGCAAAAUCCUCAGCUUACGUAUGCCAUGCUUCAAGCUCAAGUUAUAAUGCGUAUUGUUACUCCAGAAGCAGCUGUUGCUAUGCUUCACAGUCCGAAUGGUCCAGAUCCUAAUCAACCUCCAGUACAACCAGGUCUUCUGCCUACACCAGAUGCUAAAAAUGUACCAACUCCUACGCCUCAGGUUCCUCCUGUAGUUAAUGAUGUUCAGGCUACUUUUCCUUCUGUGGCAACUGGGGUGCCUUCGGGUCCUAUGAAUACAGUACCUGCAAUGGCAGGAGGAAGAGUAGCUCCUGUUCCUCAAGCAAUGUCUCAGACUAGACCAUCCCUUUUAGGAGACAGACCUGUUAUGCCUGGGCCCCCUAAACAAAUGAUGCCAAACCAAUAUAAUAAUCCUGAAAGAAUGGAUUCUAGAGCAAUGGGAGACCACGAUUUGAGAGUUCCUCCAAUGAUAGACAGAGAUAUGAGGCAACCUCCUGUGAUGGCUGACAAAGACAUGAGGCAAUCUCUUGGUGAUCAAGAUUUGCGAACUAUGAAUAUGCCUGCCGGAGCCAUGCCUGAAAAUCGACAGUUUGACCCCAGGUAUCGUGGAAUGCCAGUUGCAGAUCGUGGGCCCACUGGUCCUUCUUAUGAUAGACCUCGAGUUGCACCAAAUAUGGAUCAUCGUCCUGGACCUAAUAUGGAUCAUCGUCCUGGACCUAAUAUGGAUCAUCGUCCUGGACUUAAUAUGGAUCAUCGCUCUGGACCCAAUAUGGAUCAUCGCCCUGGACCCAAUAUGGAUCAUCGCCCUGGACCUAAUAUGGAUCAUCGCUCUGGACCUAAUAUUGAUCCACGUGCUGGACCUAUUAUUGAUCCUCGAGCUGGGCCUACUAUAGAUCCCCGAGCAGGACCUAAUGUUGAUCAACGAAUUCCACCCAGCAUGAAUCAGCGUCAUCCUUCUUACGAUGCAAGACAAAUGGGUGUUUCUAGGAUGGAAGAUCCUCGAAAUUCUGUUGCUCCACCAAAUCCUAAUUCACGCAUGAUGCCUCAAAAUCCAAGAGUUGCCGCUGUCAGUUCUGGGUCCCCUCACAUUGGUAGUUCAUCACCCAAUAUCUCUUCUCCUCGACCUGCUCCAAGUGGAAUAGCUGCUGCUGCUGCAUCAAUAGCGCCUCAUGAUCAAGAAAAGGCUAAUUUGAUCAUGCAAGUACUACAACUGACUGAUGAACAGAUUGCUUUACUACCUCCUGAGCAAAGACAAAGCAUAAUGAUUCUAAAGGAGCAAAUAGCACGUAGUCAGAAUGCUUAAUAUGGUUUAUUGUUAACAUUUGUCGCGCAAGCUGGAAAGAUUAAAUUUUAUUUAUUUCUUUUAACUGCUGACAUAAUUUUCAUCAGUAUCAUAAGUUGUAACUUUUUUGCGUAAUUUAAUUGUGGCUUUGUACUAAAUGAUCUAUAUUUGAGUUCUGUAUAUUUUGCAUUUGAAUAUACUAUAAAAAUAUUUUAUAGCCCCCAAAAAUGAA